AUGCCAAGUGACAACGGAGAUCACGCCUAUUUGCCAAAAAGUGAUUUCGAGCUUCUCGUCAACUCAACGCAUAAUUAUUUUGGACGAGUACCACAAGCGGAGCAAAGCUCAGAAGAUAUCGACCAUGCAUAUGCUCUAUGGCUUCCUGGCGAUUCGGGUAUAAAUAAUGAGAUGUUAUCCGAAGCAACAACUUCCAGACAGGAUUGGAUAGAGGAAAAUGAGGGAAAACAACGUGUUUGUAAAUGGAGAGAAUGUACGGUUAGAACAAUGACGGUUGAUGAAGCGGAAAUGCAUCUUGAUUCACAUCUUCAACCAAAAACAAGAUCUUGUGAAUGGAUUGGAUGCCCGAAAAUGGGUCGUGCCUAUGCUGCUAGAUAUCUUUUGCGAACUCACAUGCGAUCUCAUAUCGAUUCGCUUCCAUUCAGCUGUGAUGAGUGCGGGAAACAGUUUCGAACACGAGAACGAGAGAAACUUCAUCGACGAGCUCUUCACAGUAAUGAGGAUCGACGUUACAAAUGUGAAUCGUGUGAGUCGAGAUUUUACAGUACUGCCGAAAGAAGGGCCCAUUUCCUGCGAGCGCACUUGAAGCAACGGUUUUUGUGCGAUUUAUGUGGAAGGCCAAUGGCCACAAAAGCUGUUCUCCUCAAACACAAAAAGAUCCGUCAUUCCGAAAUGCAAAUACUG